AUGGGACACCUCGAUUUUUUAGCCAUGGAAAGGCAGCUUCUAUCCUACAAACUACCCCUAUUCCGCAGAACAUUUGCCAUCAUGUCCCGAUCCAUACAGGAGUCGUUCUCGCUCUUGAACCAGCGAGAAAAGGACCGACUGAAACGAGUCAGCCAAAAAGAGGGGCUCGCCAAUCCAGACCGCAACAGAUACAGCAAUAUUAUACCAUGGGAUCACACGCGAAUCAAGCUCCGCACUAGCAAGGAUGGUAACAACUAUAUCAAUGCCAACAGAGUGACCUUGGUGGCAAAAAAGAACACCAAAACCUACCACAAGACUUACAUAGCCACCCAGGGACCGUUACGACAGACUGCAGGUCACUUUUGGCAGAUGGUGCAUGACACAACGACGGAACAGGGACAGGAGAGUGACAAGCCAACUGUGGUGAUCCAGGUGACCCCCUUCGAAGACAACCACGGCGAGAGAUGCUGUCAGUACUACAUUUCGCGGAAGGGCCAAGUUUUCGAGGUGGAUGGAGAAGGAGAUGUGCUUACGGUGGAAGUUAAAGAUAACAGCGAAGUGGGCCCCACGAAGGUGACUGAAUUUCUGGUAACAAAAGGGUCAACUGGAAAGGUUAAGAGGGUUGUUCAUUAUUACUAUCCUAACUGGGCGGACUUUUCCGCUCCUGGAGUCAACACUGAUAUUGACGAUAUAGUCAAGUCAGCGGGUCCUAUCACAGAUAGCCCGCCCAUCGUCCACUGUUCAGCUGGUGUCGGAAGAACAGGUACUUACAUUGUGGCUGAUUUUUUGACCACUUUCCAAAAAGAACUUCAGGGUGAGGAUAUUGUAUGUAGCCUGGUUGAUCAGAUGAGACAACAGCGAAGCCAUAUGGUCCAGACUAUCUCUCAGUACGAGUAUCUUCACUCCCUACAGACUGAACUUCUGCAUUGA